AUGCUCAGCAAAUUUUUGUCAUUUGCUGCUAUCUUCACAAUCUUCAGCAGCAUUUUAGUAGAUGCUGUGCCUAUCGCUAACAACAAUGUAAACUCUGUUCCAGCGUUGGCUGCAUUUGGUGCUGCAAUUCCACUUUUGGUUCAAAAUCCUGUCGUCAAUAAACGUACUUUCAAUUUGCCAUCCUUGGUUGCUCUUGGUUCUGGACCUGGUCAAGCAACUGUACCUGUAAUUGCAGCUCUAUCAACCACAAACCCAGGUCUUUUAAAAGUCUUGCCGCUCGCUGCUUUCCCUGGAGCGGUACAUGGAAUUCCUGCUCUUGCUCUUUUGACAUCUGGUGUUUUAUAA